AUGCGCGUUGUGUUACACCAAGCUGGGCGCACCAAGGUAAACGUGCACAGCGCCGCAAGGCACUGGAAACGAAGUUACCGAUCACGCCCUGGUGCAGGUCACUGGGGAAACUCAAUCGAUCGUAAAAAGUUGUUUUCCGAACAGAAUAGACGCUCCUCGAACCAGUGUAUGAGCCUGGCUGGCGACUUACCACGUGUGCAAGCGUACACUUCGUCGAAGCUCUGGCGAGCCACGUACACCGUUGUCCUCAGCGCUGAGCGCGAUGCAAGCGCGUCAGCAGCCAAGCUUGCUGCCUUUUCCAACGCCUGCAGCGAUUCGACUUUAUUGAAACUCGACUGUCUAGACGCAUCGGAAACCUAUCUUGCUGACGAACCCGAGCUCCGCAGGGCGGUCGAGGUCGAGCGCGGCCAAAGGGCCACUACCCUGGAGUCGUACUACACGAAACACUGGGAAUGGAGCGGUGCGAAACAUCUGCAUGUGGCUGAAGGGCCGGAGUUCUCAACGCAGCGGGACGGAUUGCCUUGCGCCCAUGCAGCCAGUCUGCCCGCAGACUGGCAAGUACAACCACCGCGAAAGUUGUUUGAGGACGAUGAAUUUAUCGCGUACUCUAAACCCGCUGGGGUCCUGUCAUCGACAGUUCUGUACAUGGCCAUGAUGUCUGAGUCGCCAGAGCACCGACAAAGUGCACAGGCCUGGCGCCUAGCGAACCGACUCGACCGGGAUACGAGCGGCAUCUUACUCUUUGGAAAAACGCCUUUGGCGAAUCAAGUCUGUAAUGCCCUGACCACAAGACGCUCAGGCAGCCUAGAGAAGCUCUAUAUCGCAAACUUGCACCAAGUGCAAUGGAAACAUAUGCAGCAUGAUGAUCAAAUGCCACCCAUGUUUCAAGUUGGGUGUGUGCUACGGGUCAUAAGUGGGCACGGCACCACAAGGCGGGGACUGCACCGUCUCUACCCUCUUGAAUGCGUCGGGCAACGUCUGCACGAUCGAAUGCGCCGUCCAGUUCGUAUUGCAGAGACUUGGUUUCGCAUCGAAAACAGGACGCCGCUUAAAUCCGAGAAUAGUCUUGUCGGUGACUUGGAAGCACAUCCAGCGAUGUUGUACCGUGUUCUGUGUGCACCUGUCACGGGGCGGACACACCAGAUCCGUCUCCAUGCACAUGCUCUGGGUAUGCCUGUUCACGGCGACGUUCGUUACGGCUCUCUGAGUGAUUUACAGGGAACAAACUGUCACCAUUUGCAUGCAGUCGCGCUCGCAUUCACCACUUCAGAAGGCAGGAAAAUUUAUAUCGAGGCGGAAAGCCCUGCGUGGUUAGAUUUUUCGGGUGAGGUAGAGCAUCCUUAA